AGGAUUUGAUUAAAUCGAAAAAGUGGAAUUUAGGUGCAAUUGUCGCUCAGGGAUGUCAUGCUUCGACGGCUGCUCUCUGGACGUAUCGCAAUGAUCCGGUGGUUUUACAGUACUGUGAGAAUUUGGAGGACAUGCACAAAGUGAUUUUAGAGGCAAAGGACGAUAUGGAAUUGGUCGACAUAGCGUCCACAUUAAAGGCGAACUCCAUUGAACAUGUUCUGUGGAGAGAGCAACCAGAGAACGUAAUAACUGCACUGGCUACCAAGCCCUGCGUGAAGAGUGCCUUUGGAACUUUACUGCGACAUCUACGUUUGUUGAAAUAGAGUGCCUGUUUGUUAAACUCCCCAUUGCCAUAUUUUAUUCUGGUAUUAUUAUAUCAUGAAGUACUUUGUUGCUAUCACUCGUACCUUGCGUUCUCCACAUCUCAUAUAGUUCUUGCUGUGGUUCUCAGUCUGAAAUGUGCUCAGGAUGGAGUUUGGCCUGAAACGGAAAGCGGAGUCGAUGUGGCUGUGGACUGUCCUGCUGGCAAGUACGGAAAGAUGACCCGUUACUGCCAUGAGGUUUCAGAGAAUGUAACACAAUGGGAUGAUCCUGUAACUACCUACUGCCUCGAUUUGGUGCCUGCUGCUGGCCUGGCCAACAUUGACUUUGUUUUCAAUGUUUCCGGUUCUCGUACUCGCUUCAUCGAGUACAACUCUCAUGGCUUCCCCAAUGGAAUUCGUGAGGCCUAUGAUGUGAAGAAGACAACCGUGUCUGUCCAUCGUAUUACCGAGGAGCCUAACUGGUUCUCUACCGUCCAGAUCCGCGUCACUCUUCCCAAGGAGGAGGGCAUCGCGUUCUACAAGGCCAUCUCGUCGAUCGAGAACGCCCGAGCGGUCGCUGAGCAUCUGCAGCGGAACAAUAACAUCGGAUUCCGCUACCAGUACCUCACGCUCAACGGAGAGAAGCACUGCGACAUCUUCUUCGUCGGCGAGCGCGUGCUGACGCUCGGUCCCGAUCCCACGGAGGCGCCGACGGUGCUGCCGACGCCGGAGCCUGAGGAGAUGACGUUUGCGAAGUACUUGAAGGAGCAUUUGUUGUGGAUUGUGAUCUGUGUGGUGGAGCUGAUUGUGAUCAUCGUUGCGUUUGCCACACGGAAGCCGGUGCAGAAGACCGAAGAGAAGAGUUCAUUGGCUACUCCUUUUGUCUAA